ACGCCGCCUGAGCGUGGGGUUUCCCGGGGCUGAGUGCAGGGUUACCGCGCCCAUCUCUGCUGUUUGGUGGCCGCAGGAAGAAGCCGCUGAGAUUCCGUAGCCGAGGAAGAAAAGAGAGAGAAAAAAAAAACAAACCCACCAGGGACGACGUCGACCAAGUCGGACGAGGGGGGGAAUUGUCUUCAUUUCGCCGUGAAGGUGGAAUUCGUGGCGGCUUCGGAGAAAGACUCUGAAACGCCAUUUUUUUCUGGGGGGGUGAAAGACCGCCUCGUCUCUUGCUCGACUGUGCCGGUGUGUCUCCCCCACCCCUCCUCCUCCUCCGGCGGCUCCAAAACUGGGUUCGGGGAGUGUCGCUCCACGCUAGCAACAUCCGAGAGAGGAGACACCAGCUUUUGUUGUUUUUUUGUUGUUGUUCCCCCCCCCCCCCAUCAACUCAUGUGAUUCGGAGCACGGACAGCGCCUGAAAGAAGAUCAGAAAGAGUCUCGGCGGCGGAGCAAAGCACACCAUUAGCAGAGGAAAAUGAGUGAACUGGAUCAGCUACGCCAGGAGGCUGAGCAGCUCAAGAACCAGAUCAGAGAUGCCAGGAAAGCGUGUGCUGAUGCUACCCUGUCCCAGAUUACAGCUAACAUUGACCCUGUUGGCCGAAUUCAGAUGCGCACUCGUAGGACACUGAGGGGGCAUCUGGCUAAAAUCUAUGCCAUGCACUGGGGCACUGAUUCAAGGCUUUUGGUCAGUGCCUCCCAGGAUGGCAAGCUCAUUAUUUGGGAUAGCUACACCACAAACAAGGUCCAUGCCAUUCCGCUGCGCUCCUCUUGGGUGAUGACGUGCGCCUAUGCCCCUUCUGGGAACUAUGUUGCCUGUGGGGGCUUGGACAACAUCUGCUCCAUCUACAACCUGAAGACCCGUGAGGGAAAUGUGCGUGUUAGCCGCGAGCUGGCUGGACACACAGGUUACCUGUCCUGCUGUCGCUUCCUGGAUGACAAUCAGAUUGUCACCAGCUCUGGAGACACCACCUGCGCUCUGUGGGACAUUGAGACUGGACAGCAGACAACUACGUUUGCUGGUCACACUGGUGAUGUCAUGAGUCUCUCUCUGGCACCUGACACCAGGCUGUUUGUGUCUGGGGCCUGUGAUGCCUCAGCAAAGCUGUGGGACAUCAGAGAAGGAAUGUGCCGGCAGACCUUCACUGGCCAUGAGUCGGAUAUCAAUGCCAUUUGCUUCUUCCCUAAUGGCAAUGCCUUUGCCACUGGCUCAGAUGAUGCCACAUGCCGGCUGUUUGACCUGCGUGCUGACCAGGAGCUAAUGGUGUACUCACAUGACAACAUCAUCUGUGGAAUCACCUCCGUGGCAUUCUCCAAGAGUGGCCGUCUACUGCUGGCUGGCUAUGACGAUUUUAACUGCAACGUCUGGGACACUUUGAAGGCUGACCGUGCAGGUGUUCUGGCUGGUCAUGACAACCGGGUGAGCUGCUUGGGUGUGACUGAUGACGGCAUGGCAGUGGCAACAGGGUCCUGGGAUAGCUUCCUCAAGAUCUGGAACUAGAGUCUGGAGAUGGCAGCCGGACUCCAAAGUUGCGUGGAAGACCAUUCCAACAUCACAAUGUUCAAUUGUAUUGCAUAUCCAAUCUUUUCAAAACACGAUACUGACUCCAAACACCCAAACAACUAUUAAGGGCAAAAAUCUCUCUCUCUCUCUCUCCUCCUUCUCCUCAUCCUUAUAAAAGAGCACAAUUGUCUGUCACUCAUUCAGCUAACUACUAUACAGAUAAAAAAAAAAGCUCAAGGAAUUUGGUCGUCUCAAAAUGGACGAAUGGAAAAAUUGUGCAUUCCUCCCACGACCGCAGGUCUAAGUGAAGAUUAUUUACAUGACAGCGAUCUAACUCUUAAUAGCUUCUUGGCCUUUUUUUUUUUUGCUUUUUGGUUUUUUCUUCUUCCUCUUCCUCUCUGUCCGAGUAGACCAGUAGGUUGUCUGUUAAUGUUAAAAUUAGGAUCAAAGCUUUGUUUUAUUUGCUCAUCUUUACAUGUUUUAAAUAAUGUUUUAAGUUGAUAAGUAAAAUAAAACCUCCAGAACAUCUUUGUGAAUUCAGCUUUAUCCCACUGGAGAACAAAGCGAGAGAAUUUUGCUUCGACGGGGAGUCUUGGAGCCACCUCUGGCCCUGCUGUACAUUUAGUCUCAAAAUACUUUUCUUCUUUGUUUUUUCCAGUGUAGUUCACAAAUCUUUGUUUGCACAAAAUUUAAAUUUUGCAUCUAUAGAAUAAGAAAAAGUUAACUAACCAAGCACAUGCUGUGAUGAUAAUGAAUGCUCGUUUUUAAAAUGCAAAAACUACAAAAAAAAAUAAUUAAAAAAAUAAAAAUCAUUCAACCACUCUUACACCUUUUUGUCUGGCUCCAGUCUAGACAGAUGAAAUGAAGAUUAACCUAUUGGAUUAUAAUCCACCCUGCCCCUUCAUUUGAUACGAUUGUUUUGCUCCACUGUAGUUUUCUUGCCCCCGGUUUAUGUUGUUGUGGUUGGGACCGGGAGGAUGUGACUGGUCGGUCGGGGGAGUCGCUCCAGACCUUUCUCUCACAGGGGUGCCCAUUCCGUGCUUGGAAAUGCAGUUAUUACUCUGUGAAUGACAUGUUGUAUAAAUCAAUGUUUGAAAAUAAUGAUAUUAAAACUUUUUAAGUUAAAAACUAAAAAAAAGAUUUUGGUUGUCUGCCAUGGAUGGGUUAUCUCUUAGAAUCGCAUGCUGUAGAAUUGCUUUAAAAGGUGCAUAUGGAAUUAAGUCUUUUGAUGUUUUCUUUAAGGAAAUAACCUGUUGAAUAUAUCAAUACGAUGGUAUUUAUUUUAGUUCCCCCCUCGUUUUUUUGCUACUCCGUGCAUACAUGAUUCCACUAAAAUGUCAAAGCUAUGCACAUGAGAAGCAAGUUACCGGUACAUGGUCUGUACUUGGGACCGGUUCCACAAAUUAAGUCGUCACCUAAAUGUAAAUUGUACACACUUGCAUAAAUACAUCCAAUCACCUAAACAUACCGAUGGGACUAAUUUCAUUCCUUCUGUAGCAAACAAAAUUCCACUUAAAGCGUUUUAUAACAGGUUUUUUUCUGUCCUUUAAUAAAAAAUUAAAAAAUACAUCUUGCAGCAACUGAAUGGCAGACUUUUCUGUUCCUUGUAAACAAGAAGCUCUUCCUUUUUAGCAGUAGUGACUUUUUUUUUUCCAGUUCUGUUUUCUCUCUGCGACAUUCUGUAAAAAAAAAAGUGCUGUAAUUGUGCGUUAGGCCUGGAGUUGGCAGAAAAAAUUAAAAUAAAAUAUGGUAAUUAAAUUCCCUUUCUUUUCUCUCUUCAUCAAAAAACUGUAGAGCUCUGCACCCCCCCUCUAUUCCCUUUUCACCUUUUGGAUUUAAUUCUAAAGUCAGUCAGUGUACAACCGAAAGCUGGAUGCAAGAUAGAAACUAUAUUAAAAUGUACUGUUAUUUAAGAUGUAAUAAAAAGCAGUUUGAGAUGA